CUCUUCCCCGUCACGGUUCUCUUCCGACCUUGUGGGUGUUGGGCAGCAGUCUCAAGCUGGGGUGCUGGCGCAGGAAUGCACGCACAUCACAGGGUGGUUCGUCCAUGAUCGGAGAUACCCAUCUGAUGCCGCAGCCACCACGUGAGGCAGAGCGCCGUCCCGGAAGGAAGGAGAUUUCUCAAUCCCGGAAGUGCCCAAAGAUGGCUGCUUUGGCUGUGCUGUGGCGACGGAUGACGCGGUGGCCUCAAUGGACCUACUCGGGGUCGGCCCCGUUCUGCGCUGUCAGGAGGAGCGGCUUUGGGUUUUCUGUCCGCUCAGGGCUUCUGACCCCAUGCCAGUGUUGUAAAACUCCCUCCAGGGAUGGUCUGUAGGCCACGCAGGUGUUGCAGUUCUACUGCUCAAACAGCCGUCGCCAAAGCAGAGGACAACUCUUAUCUCCAGUGGUUCCUGCUUUUAAUCCCUGCUACUGCUUUUGGCCUGGGGACUUGGCAGGUCCAGCGUCGGAAAUGGAAGCUGAAACUGAUUGCAGAAUUAGAGUCUCGAGUCAUGGCUGAGCCCAUCCCUCUGCCUGCAGACCCAAUGGAACUGAAAAAUUUGGAGUACAGGCCAGUGAAGGUCAGGGGGCACUUUGACCACUCCAAAGAGUUGUACAUAAUGCCUCGGACCAUGGUGGACCCUGUCCGAGAGGCCCGUGAUGCUGGCAGAAUAUCCUCAACUGAAAGUGGGGCCUAUGUAGUCACUCCUUUUCAUUGCUCGGACUUGGGAGUCACCAUCCUGGUUAAUAGAGGGUUUGUUCCCAGGAAGAAAGUCAAUCCUGAGACCAGGCAGAAAGGCCAGGUUCUGGGAGAAGUAGACCUAGUUGGCAUAGUGAGGCUGACAGAAAACAGGAAGCCCUUUGUUCCUGAGAACAGCCCAGAAAGGAAGCACUGGUACUAUCGGGACCUGGAAGCUAUGGCCAAGAUAACAGGAUCGGACCCCAUUUUCAUUGAUGCAGACUUCCAGAGCACAGUCCCUGGAGGACCCAUUGGAGGUCAGACGAGAGUAACUCUGCGGAAUGAGCACAUGCAGUACAUCAUUACCUGGUACGGAUUGUGUGCAGCCACAUCAUACUUGUGGCUUCAAAAAUUUGUACGUCGUUCACCAGGUGUGUGAAGUUUCAUGAUGAACCUGUUCCUAACCACUAAAAAAUAAAGAUUUCGAUUUGUAAAAACCCUG